GAGGUGUGCAGGAACCAAGUGUCCCAAGCGUUGUGGUCAGACGGCUCCUCAGUCAAGUACGUGUUAUGCGGAUUUGGUUUUUGAUCAAGUUAUGUUUAUGAACGUGUAUCAACUUUCAGGUGGAUCCGUAUAGCUUUCCGUUAUGUUAAGACUUGACUUCAUCAUUGUUAUCGUGCCACCGAGAUUGGUGUUGGUUUUUGUGUGACCCACAUAUCGCAUUCUUCCUCUGUGUUGAGUGGGCUUGUUUCUUUGCGUUCAGUUGAACUGACACCGAUUGACACCCAUGCGCUUUUUGUUCAGCUACUACUACUACGUCAGUGCAAUGUCGUGCAGGCUAGAUCCGUGUCUUUGCUCACGCCGUGUAUAAAAGAGAACGAACUGGGAGUUUUCUUGAGAGCAGUUUGAGGACAUAGUCAAGAUUUGUGUGUUCGACUUGGGAAGAGUGUGCUUUUACCCCAUGCAUAUUAAGUUUGUGUCAAAUGAAAUCGUCUCUUGAAAGGAAUUCCCUGUCUAGAGGAGUGCUUCAUUCGCUCAAACAUUUCUACUACUGAGGCCUCAUAUCGGCGAUACUAAACAUAGAUCGGGUGUGGUAUUAAGCAAUUUUCUUUUCUCGUCACGGUUGACUCAUCAUAGAGAGGUGAGGAAAUAUCGUAGCACAUCAUAUAUGGGCCCAUAGCGCUGGUGGGUCGUGCUGGUGACUCAGGGGUGCGGAGUAAAAGUAAAGGAAAAAAAAAAAGGAAGAGUCAAACCCAAAAACCGAUAAAGCAGCAACGAUAUCGCACAACGGCAUUUUCCUUUGCUACCUCCUGGCAACAGAACUUGUGUUGAGAAUUUCUGUUUCUUGUUUUGUCUUUGGGGGUUUUCAGUUCCGCGGUUGUAGUUUUGAACUUGGUGCUGCUGUUGUCCCUGAAUGUUUUGUUUGGGACUGUUAAGGACGUUUAUGCUAUCUCUAGCUUGCUGCUGGCUGUGACUCGCUUAUCGGAAGCUCCCUUUAUAAACAAGAGUUCAGUUUGUUUGGAAUUUGAUUUUCUGGGUUGUUUAUAAAUCCCGACCAGUCGUGUUUUCAGAGUGUAUGAAGAGGUCAAGUUGUGUUGGUGUGUUCUGAUGCGAUUCCAUUUUUUCCACGCAGUGACUUGAAAUAAAAUCAUUUGCUUUUCCCUUGUUUCGUGUGUGAAGACAAUGGAUGAGGAUUCACUACAAGUGAAAAGACCGAAAUUUAACAGCGCUUUUCGACUUUGUUACAGUCUUCAGCUGGUCCCAUGCCACAAUGAGAAACACCAACUGAUAGCAGUAUAUCCCCGUCGCGACAGCAACAACAACAAUAGCAGCAGUACUACAAAUAUCACAUGGGACAGCAGAUGCAGGUGCUGGCGUAGUAACAGCAGCAACAGUAGUAGCAGCAGCAGUUGGCAGCAGAUCUCUCCGUACUGGGAACGGCUGCUUCAGAGAGUCAUGGAGAACAACAAUACUGACAGAGGGGUCCGGCGGAGUCCCUCGUCCCAGGGGGGAACCCCGGCUCCUGGCAGCGGUCACUCCCCAAACUCCCAUCUGUGCUGGUCCAUCAUGUGGGUGCCGGUGAUCUUUUCCCUGGCUACCGUCAGCCUCUACUUACUCUCACACUGGUUUGUCGACCUGGAGGCUGGCAAAAGCUUUGCGCUGAAGUUCCCCACCAGCAUAGAGGACAUAACACAGAUGUCCAGCUUCCUGCUCCACAUGAAAGAAACACACCUGGCCUAUCUGCUACUGGUCUUCUGUGCAGGCUUCAUCUACAAACAGACGUUUGCCAUCCCUGGCUCAGUUUUCCUGAAUUUACUCGCUGGAGCGUUAUUUGGACCCUACUUGGGUUUUCUGCUGGCCAGUCCACUGACAGCCCUUGGGGCAACAAAUUGUUAUCUGCUCUCUAGGACUUUUGGUAGGAGUUAUGUCACUCAGUACUUCCCAGAGAGAGUCAAGUUCUUUCAAGAAAAGGUGGAAGAGAACAAAGACAGCUUGUUUUUCUUUCUGCUGUUCCUGCGACUGUUCCCGAUGUCUCCCAACUGGUUCAUGAACGUCGUAGCCCCUCUUGUUGGGAUUCCAAUUCAUCUGUUCUUCCUCUCGGUGCUUAUAGGUCUGAUGCCCUACAAUUUCAUAUGUGUCCAAACGGGCAGUGUACUCUCGGAGAUCAGCUCGGUCAGCGAUGUGUUCUCCACGGGGACCAUGCUCAAGAUGUCCCUGGCAGCUCUGGCCGCGCUCCUCCCUGGACUGGUCAUCAAGAAACUUCACAAGGAUUAAGUGUAGAAGAGACUUUUCAUGGAAGGCACGUGUGUUGAACUAGUCCAGCACGGAACUUGUUUGGUUUUGAAGUGGAAUUCAUCUUACAACCAGUGUUUCUUCAUGCGUCCUCCAUUCUUGUUGACAAGAUCUCUAAAUAGCUGUAAAAGCCAUGCACUAUGCAAAUUUUUCCUGUUUGUGUUCUACAAAUUGGAAUUUUUACCCGUUUGCGUACUACAAAUCCAGCUCAUUCAGUAAGAUGGUGAAUGUGUAUUCUGUGAAUCUGCAAUGGGCAAGGAACAGAUUGCUGUGUGUUUUAUUUUUUUGUUUAUAGCGGGUCAAGAAGGAGUUGUAUAAGUGACUCCAUGACUUCACAGUGGGCCAACUGCUUCAGGAUUGUCAGAUCACAUGACUUACGUCCCUAUAAAAUACUGAACCUUCUGGAAUGAUCUGUUGAUGUUGAGGGCAGCCCUAAAACCCUCACUCAGGGUCUUUACAGAGACGUGAUCUGCAUUUGAAUGUCUACUGCCUCGAAGAAUAAGGAUGUUGUCCUUAUGACUCAAAUCAAAAACUGCAUCUCCAGACAACUUGAGUCCAAGCAGAGCAGAUACAUUUUGAGUACACUCUUUACCUUGCCGUCCAUCAAGAACACUUUUGGGGGGGGGGGGGGGGG